AUGAAAGGAAGUUGUAGUGGACUAUUGGAAGAAGAAAAGUGGUUAUUUAUUGACGAAAAUAUUGCAAUGUUAAGAUUAUUUAAAUUAAUUAGACCAAGAAGAUUAAAGUGUAACUAUCAAAGAAGACUGUACUUUCCAAAUUGUACAAAAUUAAAUAUUACAAGAGAACAUUAUUUGGCAAGUAAAAACACAGCUUAUUCACAUUAUAGUACAUUCACCUAUAAACAAAUAGAUGAUAUUACAUUUGAAAAGGUGUGUGAGGAAACAUUAGAAGAUCUAACAGAUUUUUUUGAAGAAUUGGUAGAAUCAAAUGAAAAAUUUCAAUCAGCUGAUGUAUCUUUUAGCAGUGGGAUACUGACAAUAAAUUUAGGACAAUAUGGUACUUAUGUAAUAAACAGACAGUCACCAAACAAACAAAUCUGGUUGAGUUCACCAAAAUCCGGCCCUAAACGAUAUGAUUUUGUACCUGAAGGAAAAUAUUGGUUAUAUAAACAUGAUAUGAAAACUCUACAUGAACUCUUACAAAAUGAAUUUUCAACUAUAUUAGGAGAAAAAGUAGAUAUGUCUAAUUGCUGUUAUUAUAAAAGUAAUUAA